UCCGGUCGCUCCGCCAUCUUUGUCGGCUACCUAUUGUUCACUCUGGAGCUAACAGCGGUGGUAAAUCAGUUCAUACUCAGCAACAAAAUAACUUGACAGAGUCACAGAUUGCUGCCCGCGACAGUCGUGGAUUUUCUCUCAGGGUUGCGACUUGUUCUCGGCCAGCAAGUUAGACAGAAUGGACGAUGACCAACCCAAAACCCUGUAUGUGGGAAAUCUGUCCCGGGAUGUGACAGAGGCCCUGAUCUUGGAAUUGUUUGGCCAGAUUGGACCAUGCAAGAGCUGUAAAAUGAUAGUAGAUACAGCAGGUCAUGACCCUUACUGCUUUGUGGAGUUUUAUGAGCAUAGACAUGCUACCGCCACAAUCGCAGCCAUGAAUGGUCGGAAAAUAUUGGGUAAGGAGGUUAAAGUCAACUGGGCCACGACGCCAACCAGCCAAAAGAAAGACACAAGCAGUCACUUCCAUGUCUUUGUUGGAGAUUUAAGUCCUGAAAUUACCACAGAUGACAUAAAAGCAGCUUUUGCUCCAUUUGGGAAGAUAUCGGAUUGUAGAGUGGUGAAAGACAUGUCCACAGGUAAAUCUAAAGGCUAUGGCUUUGUCUCCUUCUUCAACAAAUGGGAUGCAGAGAAUGCCAUCCAGCAAAUGGGAGGACAGUGGUUGGGAGGGAGGCAGAUAAGGACCAACUGGGCCACAAGGAAGCCUGCACCUAAGACUACAAAUGAAACAGCAAAUGCAAAGCAGUUAUUAUUUGAUGAGGUGGUGAAUCAGUCCAGUCCCAGUAACUGCACUGUCUACUGUGGAGGAGUCACAAUGGGUCUUACAGAGCAAAUUAUGAGACAGACCUUCUCACCUUUUGGCCAAAUAAUGGAAAUCCGUGUUUUCCCAGACAAAGGCUACUCAUUUGUCAGGUUCAACUCUCAUGAAGCAGCAGCGCAUGCCAUUGUUUCUGUCAAUGGAACAUCCAUAGAGGGCUACGUUGUUAAAUGUUAUUGGGGUAAAGAAACAACAGACAUGGUUAGCCCCAUACAGCAGGUACAGAUGCCACAGCAGAACACGGUGAGCUUUGCAGCGCAGCCCUACAGUCAGUGGGGUCAGUGGUACGGUAACACGCAGCAGAUUGGUCAGUAUGUACCCAAUGGCUGGCAGAUGCCAAGCUAUGGAGUCUAUGGACAGACCUGGGAUCAGCAGGGCUACAAUCAUUUACAUGCCGGUGCUGGAUGGACAGGUGUGGGCACCAUGAGCAAUGGUGGCAUGGUGGAGCCUGGGCAGGGAGUCAAUGGGACAGUGUUAACUAACCAGGCUGGCAUGGGAACAGCUGGCUACCACACCCACUGAUCACUGGCCACAGGAGUCCUCUGUCUAAGCCUCUGAAGCCACAAGGAUGAUUCUCCACUGGGGAAUGGGCGCUUCAGACGCGCUCUCUCUGUUACCACACAAAAAUAUUCUCUAAUCUGAAGGCUGGUUUGCCAUUUUAUCUACCUUACCAGCCUACAACUUCACCCACUGCCCAAAUCUGCAAGUUUAAAACAAUCCACUCUAGAACACUGAAAAUAUCGCUAAUGCAUUUUGCAUUCCUAGGCCCAUUUUAUUGUUUGGUUGUGUUGUUCUAAUGCCUACAGAUAACUGGCCAAAUUUAAACAUUAUUUGUCAAGGUAUUUCUGGCACAGCUAUGGUUUUGUUAGAAAAAUGUUCAUCUGAUGAUAACCUACAGUAAAAUGUCAGGCUUUGUUGUCAAUUCCUCAGAUCCAAAGAGCAAGGGCAGAUUUUUAAACCAACGUUGAAUAGUUACAGAGGGAGUGAAAUUAACUCGACCACUGAGUCCUCUCAAUUGUCUAAAACAACACAAGACGAUCAUUAAACGUGUGCCGAGCAAAGGGGUGCGGCUUUUCUCGAUUCUCCAUUGGAACCUCUUCCUGUCGCUCAAAUUUCGUCCACCUCUACUAGAGUGAGAUACAAGUCCAAGCAAGUUCUCAGGGCGUUGUCAAGUCAUUCUGUGAAAUGUAGGAAAUCACUGAGUUAGAAGUAGGCAGGUCGAGGGAAAGUGGGUUCAACAAAACAAGUAAAUUUCAGCGCUCCAUCCGUCACCGAUCUCCCAGAAUUGACUGAACAGACUGAGGAUCCAGUCUACAGACGAGAAAUGUGUGUGCUUACGUGUGUGCAUGAACUGAUACUUUUACACACAAGACAAAGUCCAGUUCGUUUUCCCCUGAAUCAGAAAGGACUAUGCCAUUUCUUUUUUUUUUUUUUUUUUGCUAUAGGUAAAACAGACAAAGUGUAAUUUUCUUUCUUUGUUUUAAGCAACUUUAAAAUGCUGACAUUGUAUAAAGAGCUUUUGCCUUUGUGUUUCAUUUUGGGACUGUCUUAUAAAGAAAUGUUGCAGUGACACCAUAGAAUCAUGUGACACCUUCAUAUUUGUUUAUAAAACAUUAAGUGGCUGUCAACUGUCAACUUUAUUUUUUAAAUUAGAUUUUCAAUAUCUCAAAUAAACCAAUUGCAGGGAUUACUGCCACUCUUAUCUUACUUAUAGGCAGACGAAUAUUGCACAAAUACUUAAGGUUAUCUUUUCACGACAUUUGAAAUACUAGGGUUUUUUAAAUGUUUUUGCAUUCCACUUUUUUUUUGUAAUUUCAUUUGGUGGUCUUUCAUGUAAAUAACCAGUCUGUUCAAAUGUAAUGAAUCUGUAUAAAGACGACAUGUUAAUUAAGGAAGCGUGCUUGCUUCUGGUUGGGAUAAUGGAGUGUAGAAACCGCUGUUUGACAGUAGCAUCCCUGUCCGGUGCUGGUCCAUGUACUGUAGAGACGUGGAAACGUUCAAUUCUUCCAGGGGCUUGGAGGAAGAGCAGCAUUGCUAGGCAGUGCAAAAGGAUUAGAUUAGACUGACAAGUAAUGCAUAAUUAAGUUAUUCAGUUUUAACCUUAAGUAACUAUUGUUUUUAUAGAUUAGGAAACAACAUUAUCAGGAUCAGAUUUUUUGCACUGUGCCCACCAUCCUGUUAAUAUAGUUGAAAAAUCCAUUGUGUUGCCUUAUUAUUAUCCGUUACUUUUAAUUUAACCAAAAUCAUCGAAGAAGGCGGUGCCUAAGAAUGUUUUCAUCCUCUGUUUUGGCAAAGAAAGUUAUGUUGAUGCUUUAGCAACAUGGUUUGUGUUUUUGCUUUGUCCCAUUAAAAUGCUGAUGCUUACAACAGCUCACAUUUA